ACUAAGGCUAAUUCAAAUCCAAAUUUGAGAAAAUGAAGUCAGUUAUUCUAAUUUGCUUCAUUAUGAGCUUAGUUGUUGGAAGAUCCACAGCUUCAUUUGGGAAAUGCUAUGCCAAGUGCUUUGUAGUGUGUGCUAUCACACCAGGCAUUCCCAUUGGCACUUGUGGUGCAAAGUGCUUGGGUGAUUGCCUUUUCAUUGCAUCUUCCCCUUUGGAUUUCAACCAUUUGGACACUCAUUACUUCUGCAAACUUGGUUGUGCCACUUCUCUUUGCACCAAAUUCAGCACCAAAAAAGACCCUGCUGAGAAGAAAGUAGAAAGCUGUGUGAACUCAUGUGGUCAAACAUGCAUAAAAGCCUAGAAAGCAAAAAGAUGAAGGGAGAAAGGAGAGGGAGCUGGGAUUGGCUUCAAAGAUAUACUAUGAAUAAACAAGAAUCAGUGGUGAAAAACAAAACCAUUGGUUUAAAAGCCUAUUCCAGAUUUAAGCAUAUGUUUUGAUAUCUAUAUAGUCUCAAGUUUCUGCAUGUAGUUAAUUAUGAUCAGUAUGUAAAAAAGAAAAAAAGUGUUGCUAUUUCUAUGUUAUAUGAGAAUGGUGUGUUAUGUCAAA